CAGCCAGAUCAGCAUAUCAAAGUGGCGAGCAAGUGUAGUUUGGUGUGGAACGAGAACUUUGGGGACAAUCGGAUGCUGUGCGUGAAACGUGAUGACGUGAAGUACUGGAGUUGCCCAUUCCGGAUUGACCUGAUUAGCUCUUUUCACGUUACUAUGAGAGAUGCCGAUGAAACACCGCGGUUUCUUCGGGUUGAGGUGAUACUUAACAGCGCUAUAUUUUACAUAACGUUCACGGAUGCUCGCUAUUAUCCUCCACCAAUACAGCUGGAAAAUCUCUCUGAUGUGCCUGUUUUGUAUCAGCAGAAGAUUGACAGGAAACCGGGGUAUGGCUUCACGGACGAGUUUGAAUUGGCGCUGGAAGUGAUGCAGAAGGGGAAAGUAAUGCUCAACAAGUUGAAUCUUAGUGACAGCAGCCGCAAUCAGUUAUGGCGCUUCGCAUCCGACGGUUGCUUAGAGAAUAUUGGAAUGAAUAAUCGUGCAAGACCUGGCGAGCGUUAUGUUCUUGAUGUGCUGGACAGUGGUGGCUUUGUUCUGAUGAUGCUGAAACGAAAUACCGCAAGGGAACGCUUCCAGAAAUGGUACUUCACAGCGGAACGGCAGUUGCGUUGUAAAAUAGAAGGAAUGUUUGUUGAAGCACGCAAAACAGAAGUGGUACUUGCUGCCCCGAACAAAAAUUCACCUCGAAGUAGGAACGGAGUGCCUGUCGAGCAGGUCUGGGAGCUACAGUCGCAACGACCAGGCAGUGGCAUUUUGGACGUUGAGUGCUUGUACAGAGGACCCACUCUGGUUGUUCGGAUAACUGAUAGAGCGAAACCUUAUCGAGCAGUGCAGCGUUUUCAUCAGGCACCGGAAUUACUGCUGGCUUGUGCUGCAGCCGCUGCGGAUGGUCCAGGAUGCAGCAGAGUAUGCGACUUCGAAGUGAAUGUCUCGAUGCGCAACGGUAUCGGUCUGUCAUUCAUUAACGGUUUACACGAAGAAUUGAUUUAUGCGAGGUUUCAAGGCAUAGUGCUGCACGUGAAUCGCCAAGGUCGUACGCAUCAAAUCACAGGCAGUGUUGAAGUUAUUCAGGCUGACAACCAGCUGCUGGCGACUGAUCGGUGGCAAGUGCUGUUCUGCCAGCAAGGUGCAGUGAGCAGCGGCGAAUCGGGUCACAGCGACACGCAGGUUGUAGUGCCGGCGCUGAAGCUCGAAAUGAACUGCACACCGAUGGAACACUACGAUGCCUUCGAUGUACGAUGUUUUUGUUGCUUAGGUCAAUGUUACAGUUUGCCGCCAGUGCAGCGGAGAACUUUUACUGAGCAUUAG